AUGUUUAUGAAUGGACAACGUGUUGUUGGCGGCAGCGUGCUUGGCUGUGUCUUCAAACGUUCAGUUCAAGUGACCUUGAAAAGACUCGUCAACACCAUGGCACAUAAUUUUGUAGACAGCAAACAUAAGUUUUACAGAGUAGUAUUGACAGGAGGUCCUUGUGGAGGAAAGACAACUGGUCAGGCCAGACUGAGUACUUUUUUUGAGAACUUAGGAUGGAAGGUCUUUAGAUGCCCUGAGGCUGCCAUGAUUUAUUUAAGUGGUGGAGUUACAUUUGCAGAACUGGAAAAAAAUGAAGUUUUUUUAUUUCAGGAAAAUAUCAUAAAGACGAUGAUGCAGAUUGAAAACUCCUAUUUUGACCUUGCCAAAUCAUUCACCUGUAAACAGAAUGUUUUGAUGAUCUGUGACCGGGGAUUGAUGGAUGGUGCAGCAUAUCUGUCCCCGGAGGACUGGGAGGAGAUGAAGAAGAAGAACAACUGGCACGAAGUGGACAUGCGCGACAACCGCUACAACCAGAUCAUCCACAUGGUGUCGGCGGCCAAGGGUGCUGAGGCGUUCUACUCUGUGGCCGGACACAAGACGAGACACGAGGGGCUGGACGUGGCACGCGAACUCGACACCAUAACGGCCAAUUCCUGGGUAGGUCAUCCAUACUUCGACGUCAUUGACAAUUCUGUGGACUUUGAAACAAAGCUAACGAGAAUGAUUUCAGCUGUUUGUAACAGACUGGGUAUUGAUCCAGGAGAUCGACUUGCAGCGAACAGCAAAAAGAGGAAAUUCCUCGUCACGGGCAUAUGUGAAAAGGACUUUCCCCGACAUCAAGCGUUUGAAGUGGUUCAUGACUACCUCGUCACUCCCAGUCGCAAGAUGCAGGCCAGGCUAAGGCGUCGGGGUCAGAACGAUCGAUGGACGUACACUCACACAAUCCGCCGGCCAGAGAUUAACAAGCAGGCUGUGGAAGUGAGGAUGCCAAUUACAGCGAAAGAUUAUGAGAUUUUACUUGCCCAGCGAGAUGACAGACACGCUACAGUUUACAAAACACGGCGGUGUUUUCUGUGGAAAAACCAAUACUUCCAGCUUGAUAUUUAUGAAGAACCCUACCCACCAAAGUGCAAAGGGUUGAUGUUGUUGGAGACGUACACGGCCCAGGAGCAUGUCAGUCUGCCCGACUUUGUGACAGUGAACCGCGAGGUCACGGAUGAUCUGACAUACUCCAUGUUCACACUGUCGCUCAAACAGGAGUGGAGUUUCAACGCGACUAAGUCUGAGAUGGAGAUGAUCAUGCAGGGAGACGACGACUGACAUCUCACAGUAUACAGUGGUGUAUUGAGGGAGGGGAUGUAUAGCUAUAUUGAUGGGGUGGAAGAGGCCAAUAUGAAGUACAGGGAACAGUUUGUUUUCAAAAUCUUGUUUAGCGAUAUUUCUAGUCAAUUGAAAAUUGAUUAGCAACUACUGUUUAAUGUUUUAAAAUUGUGUAGCGAUCUCUAAAACUUGCAUUGUGAAUCGAGGCGCAUGAUAUUGAACAAAAUGUUCCCUGGUGUGUUGAGUGGAUGGGACCAUGCCAAUUGCUUAUAAAACUUUUAGAAUCCAAAACUUUUAAUAUCAUGGUAGUGUUAUACAAAUUACAUGUGUGUGACAUUAUUAGAGAUUCGACCGGCCUUGGUGGCGUCGUGGCAGGCCAUCGGUCUACAAGCUGGUAGGUACUGGUUUCGGAUCCCAGUCGAGGCAUGGGAUUUUUAAUCCAGAUACCGACUCCAAACCCUG